AUGUUGGUGAUCCUUUACGACUCUGACUGUCUCCUGCACCAGACCGUUGAACUCCUUGGUUCGAAAUUAAUCCCUGCUCUGGAGUCCCCUGCACGGCUGGAGGCGAUACUAAAGACCUUACGCCUCUCAAGCUAUGAACUUCGUUUGGUGCAAUCGAGUGCAAUCGAGGAUAAGACCUGGACAAAUCGGCUGAUCGAAAUUACGUCAAAUACCCAUGAUGAAGCAUAUUUGCAGCAUUUACGCACGGUGUAUGAUGAAUGGCUGUCAGCUGGCCUGAUCGAGGCUGAUGGCCACGUUCUCCCAGAAUGUUUCCCUUUUCCAAACUCGACAAGAGACCCACCGCGGGUCCCAAAAGAUCUGUUCGCCCGGGCAGGAUACUAUGCUUUCGAUAUGAGUUCUGGAAUCAUGUCGGAAAGCUAUCAAGCCAUUGUCGCAUCGGCUAAUCUUGCCUGGGAAGGCGCCGAUAUGCUGACCGGCCUUUCAGCCAGUCAAACCUCCGAGCCCGAUACUGUUUUUGCACUGUGCCGACCACCAGGACAUCAUUGCGAUGGCCAAAGGGUCGGAGGUUAUUGCUACAUCAACAACGCAGCGCUUGCAGUCAGCACUUGGCGAUCAAAAUAUCCUGGCUCAAGGAUCGGCAUACUAGAUGUUGACUUCCACCAUGGGAAUGGAACUCAGGAAAUAUUCUAUGCUGAUCCCAAGGUCUUCUACGCGAGCAUUCAUGGAGAAGAUGAGUAUCCUUACUACACAGGAGCAGAAAAUGAAGUUGGUAUCGGCGAAGGCGCGGGCUUCAAUGUCAACCUUCCACUGAAGGUUGGAAGUCCGAUCGAGGAGUAUCUUGAGAAGCUUGAAUAUUGUCUCACACGAUUGGUCGCGUAUGGCCCAGAGUUCCUGGUGGUAAGCCUCGGCUUCGAUACAUUUCACAGUGACCCUUUGGGCUCAUUCCAGAUUCAUACUGAGGACUAUGCAACGAUUGCAAGGAGAACAAGGGAGUCUCUGCGAGAUAUCCCGGCCUUGAUCCUGCUGGAAGGAGGUUAUGUGAUAGAGCAUUUGGGAAAGAAUGUCUUGUCAUUUUUGGAUGGGUGGAAAUCUGUUUCAGGUACUUGA